GUACUGCAACUCCUUCAGACAGGCUGCUGUGGACUAACAUUUUUGGCUCGUAUCAUGAAGUUGGGAUAAGUCUGGGCGUCGAAUACGUCUGGUUUGCUUAUUUUAUUUGAUAAUUACAGUGUUUGUAAAGCGUUUUUAGACUGUGCCUGUUUCAUUUAGCGGCGGGUCGUAGACUUUUGUCAGUUUUUCUCUGAAAUCUCGAACCACGUACACAGAGGGUCAGCAUGGCCCAGUGGAACCAGUUGCAGCAGCUGGAGACGCGCUACCUGGAGCAGCUGUACCAUCUGUACAGUGACAGCUUCCCCAUGGAGCUCCGCCAGUUUCUAGCCCCCUGGAUCGAAAGCCAAGACUGGGCAUAUGCAGCCAAUAAGGAGUCCCACGCCACGCUGGUGUUUCAUAACCUGCUGGGAGAGAUCGAUCAGCAGUACAGCCGAUUCCUGCAGGAGAACAAUGUUUUGUACCAGCACAACCUGAGACGCAUCAAACAGCACCUGCAGAGCAAGUACCUGGAGAAGCCCAUGGAGAUUGCCCGCAUUGUAGCCCGCUGUUUGUGGGAAGAGCAGAGACUGCUACAGACUGCCACCACUGCUCAGCAAGAUGGCCAGGCCGCCCACCCAACUGGAACAGUGGUGACAGAGAAACAGCAGAUCCUGGAGCACAACCUGCAGGACAUUAGGAAGAGAGUCCAGGAUAUGGAGCAAAAGAUGAAGAUGUUAGAGAACUUACAGGAUGACUUUGACUUCAACUAUAAGACCCUGAAGAGUGCUGGAGAGCUGUCCCAGGACCUGAAUGGGAACAGCCAGGCUGCAGCCACCAGACAGAAGAUGGCUCAGCUGGAGCAGAUGCUGUGUGCCCUUGAUCAGCUCAGGAGGCAAAUUGUGACUGAGAUGGCAGGGCUGCUGCAGGCCAUGGACUUUGUCCAGAAAAAUCUGACUGAUGAGGAACUGGCUGACUGGAAGAGGAGACAGCAGAUAGCCUGCAUUGGAGGACCCCCAAACAUCUGCCUGGACCGGCUAGAGACAUGGAUCACUUCACUGGCUGAGUCUCAACUUCAGAUCAGGCAGCAAAUAAAGAAGCUGGAGGAGCUUCAGCAGAAGGUGUCAUAUAAAGGGGACCCCAUUGUUCAGCACCGCCCUGCCCUGGAGGAAAAAAUCGUAGACCUGUUCCGCAACCUCAUGAAGAGUGCGUUUGUGGUUGAGAGACAGCCGUGCAUGCCUAUGCAUCCAGACAGGCCUCUAGUCAUCAAGACAGGAGUUCAGUUCACCAACAAAGUUCGGCUACUGGUGAAAUUCCCAGAACUGAACUACCAGCUGAAAAUCAAAGUUUGCAUUGACAAGGAGUCUGGGGAUGUGGCAGCCAUUCGAGGGUCCCGUAAGUUCAACAUCCUGGGCACUAACACUAAGGUGAUGAACAUGGAGGAGUCCAAUAACGGCAGCCUUUCUGCUGAGUUCAAACACCUGACUCUACGAGAACAGAGGUGCGGCAAUGGUGGCCGGACCAACAGUGAUGCUUCUCUGAUUGUGACUGAAGAGCUUCACCUCAUCACCUUUGAGACAGAGGUUUACCACCAGGGUCUCAAGAUCGACCUUGAGACACACUCUCUCCCUGUUGUAGUCAUUUCUAAUAUCUGUCAGAUGCCAAAUGCAUGGGCGUCCAUUUUGUGGUACAACAUGCUGACCAACCAUCCCAAGAAUGUAAAUUUUUUCACAAAGCCUCCUGUGGCAACGUGGGAUCAAGUGGCUGAGGUGCUGAGUUGGCAGUUUUCUUCUACAACCAAGAGAGGCCUGACUAUUGAGCAACUUAACACACUCGCUGAGAAACUGCUUGGUCCUUGUGUCAACUACUCUGGUUGCCAGAUCACCUGGGCCAAGUUUUGCAAAGAAAACAUGGCUGGAAAAGGUUUUUCAUUCUGGGUAUGGCUGGACAAUAUCAUCGACCUGGUGAAGAAGUAUAUUCUGGCUCUGUGGAAUGAGGGGUAUAUCAUGGGCUUCAUCAGUAAGGAGAGAGAGAGGGCUAUCCUGAGCCCAAAACCUCCAGGGACUUUUCUGCUACGCUUCAGUGAAAGCAGUAAGGAGGGAGGCAUCACAUUUACCUGGGUGGAGAAAGACAUCAGUGGUAAGACACAGAUCCAGUCAGUGGAGCCGUACACUAAGCAGCAGCUGAACAGUAUGUCGUUCGCUGAGAUCAUCAUGGGCUAUAAGAUCAUGGAUGCCACCAACAUCCUGGUCUCACCACUGGUCUACCUUUUCCCUGAGAUCCCUAAAGAGGAGGCCUUUGGCAAGUACUGCCGGCCCGAGGCCCAGCCUGACGCUGACUUCCAAGAGCCUGGAUGUGCCAUUCAGCCAUACCUGAAGACCAAGUUUAUCUGCGUCACCCCGUGUCCUUCCGUCUUCAUGGACUUCCCGGACAGUGAACUGCUGGGGAACGGCUUCCCUGGGACUAAUUCGGGCAACACAAGUGAUCUGUUCCCCAUGUCUCCUCGCACUCUCGACUCGUUGAUGCACAAUGAGGCGGCAGAGGCCAACCCUGGACCUCUAGAAUCCCUCACGCUGGACAUGGAACUGAGCUCGGACGUGGCUUCACCAAUGUGAGAUCGACAACCACAGAUAUGCCCAGCCCUCUGAUUUAGCUUUUCACUUCUAGAUAUUUCUGCCAUUUGCAGUCAUAUUCAUUUUCAUGUACAUAAUACCAUGUUUAGAGAAGUGCACUUCCUUUUACUGUCAUUUUGACCUUGAUUCUUUUGCAUAGCCGAUAAUGUAGUUGUUACCUGUGGUGAAGUCUUGCUAACAGUUUUGAAAGUUAUUCAGUUGAAUUGCAUUGCUCAUAUAUGAAUUACCACUUAUAUAGCAAGCUAAACUAAGCAAUUCUCAGUAAACGAAUAAUUCCAGGGAGGAUGCAAGGUAUCUGCACAGUCAUCUUUCAAGAAAACUGAGAAUUUUAUGAUCAGCUACAUUUUCAUAGACAUUUGACGUCAUAAAGUCUGUUGGCUCCUUAGAACCUACAUAAUGCUUCUUGUUUUAGCAUCUUGCAGCCUACCUAUAAUGAAAAUAAUGGAAUAUGUGCUUUUUUCUUUUUUUAAGUUUACUCUUCUUUGUGGUUGGCCUGGGAAAGUUGAGAAAUAUAUUGGUUUAUUUUUAAAGACUGUAAAACGUAAGUCCACGUUGGCCAUGUGAAAUAGGUUUUUUUUGCUGUGUAAGCUAGCUAUGAACGUGCUAUAAGAAGAGUGUAAAAGUUAUAAGAAGAGGGAAAAGUGAUGCCACUUGAGCUUUUGUAUUAUAUUCUUUAGCUUUAUAUCCGUUUGUCUGCUUCUCUGUUUGUCUGUCUGUUUACUCUAUACAAAUAUGGCUUGUGUUGUUUUAUGUCCACAGACCUUUGUCUUAGAAGCAGCCCUCGGAUCAGAUCUACACAGGAAAACGUAAUGCACUGAAUAUACUUUAUUCACAUGUGGACAUCGUUUCCCCGAUUCCAUUACAUCAAAACAACUGUUGCCAAGUCAAAAUUUUAUAUUUGUGUGAAAUUUAUACACCCAUGUGAACCCGUUCAAAUUCAUUGCAUUACUUUAUCAGUGUAGUGCUCAGUGUAUAUUGGGUAACAGCAGAAAUGGAACUGAAUGCCUGUUUAGGUUUAGAUGCAGAUUUCAAUUCAUUUCUUUCAGAGCUUUAACUCAGGCUAUUGCUGAUUUAUCAGGUGUUGAUUCACAUACACUCAGUGUUGCAGUUGUUGAGACUUGCAUUAUAUAAUUGGAAAUGGGUUUAGAAAGUGUUCUGUUCCAUGUAUUUUAGGUAUUUUUCCAGCAUGCCUAGAACAUGAGCCUCAGAAAGACCUAGCAAGGGGAAAAACUCAAUUACUAGAUUUCAUCCACUGUUAAAUGUCAUUUCUCACAAAUUAAUCUCAGCUGCUUUUCAUGUGAUGAAAUGGCGCCAGUAAUUUGUCCAUCUCAGUCUAUCUGCCUGCCUUUAGCAACCACGGCAGCCAUUCUGCAGUAAAGGUUACUCAAAGGAAUGUAAGAGGAAAAAAAAGGGGAAUAAUAAGAUGAAUAGAAUGAGUGUCCCAGCGUUGCAGAUAGCGUGCUGACCUUUGUGUCCAGUCUUUGACCACACAUAAAGAUGUUCCUCCCCUUGAUGUUUGCAGUAAUGGAAUUUUUUUUGUAUUUUGCGCUCCUCGUCCCUAGUGAAACAUGAAGGCAGUAUAUAAUAUUCACUCGUAUUACAUUUUGUUCAUGUUUCAAAAUUAUUUCAGCUUGCCUUUAAGUUCUGAUUUCCAUUUGCUUUCUGGAUGAUUGAACAUAUGUAUAAUCAUUUCUUUUUUUUUUUUUUUUCUUUUUCUUUUUUUUUUUUUGUUUUCAUCACACAUCUGUACUAGUUGUCUUUUUUAUUUAAACAUGUUCUACUGUAGUUUAUCUGCCUUGGUAAAAUCUUUUCUCUGGACUUCAUUACCCAUCACUGCCCACAUUCUCCAAUGCAGCAUCAUGGUCAUUGUAGUUCAUGUGUUGUAAAUUUCACUCUCGCCAAGCUCUCUGUACAGUAGCUACAUCCUUCAUUAAUUUUAAUUAAAUAAGGAAUACUCCAUGUAA